AUGGAAAACACCAAGAUUGUUAUUCUGUUCACACUUGCUCUUCUCUACUACUGUGCCUCCAUACUGCGAAGACCCAAGCUGCCGCUCCCCCCCGGGCCUCCUCGUCUUCCGCUGAUUGGCAACCUUCACCAAUUGCGACAACUGCAAUCCGAGCCAUGGAAAACAUACCAAAAGUGGCAUAGAAAGUACGGGCCGAUCAUCACACUCAAGUAUGGCCAGCACACGUUCAUCAUGCUGGGAAACCACCAAGUGACAAAAGACAUUCUCGAGAAGAGAGGUGACAGAUACAGCUCAAGACCCAGGAUGGUUGUUGCUGAGCGGGUGACCAAGAACCUGCAAACAAGCGUUAUGCCUUACGGCCCUUUAUGGAAGACUCAUCGCCGUCUGCAGACUUCGCUCCUCAACAGCAGAACUUGCCAGCUCUACCACGAGAUCCAAGACGUCGAAAGCCACCAGCUCCUGCAUGAUAUGCUGUCUACCAACGAUUUCACAGACCGCUUCCGUCGGUUUUCGUCGAGUCUGAUUUAUACGCUUGCAUAUGGAAAGCGGAUGCCGAGAGGCGAUGAGCAUGAGGUCCAGGAGAUCGACCUUCUUAUCAAGAAUCUCAUGGAAGUCAGUAGGCUACGGCCUGUGGACAUUUUCCCGAUUCUAGAAUACCUUCCUCGACAGAUGUCCAAGUGGAAACAAAUAGCCGAUGACUUUCACCAUCGGGAGGUCAAACUGUUUACCCAAAACCUCAAGUCUGCUUUACAGAGAGGGCCCUGGAAUUGGGCCAAAAGCCUCGCCGGGGUGCAAGAAGCGCAGCAGUUGACCGAGAAGGAAUUAUCAUAUGUCAUUGGUUUCCUCUAUGAAGCAGGGAGUGACACCACAACCGCUGUCCUCGAGGUUUUUACGCUGGCGACACUCCUCCACCCCGAUGCGGUCCGGACAGCCCAGCUCGAGCUUGAUACAGUUGUUGGGCAGCAUCGACUCCCUUCGUUUGAUGACCUGUCCAAGCUACCCUUCACAAUGGCAUUUGUGAAAGAAGUGCUCCGGUGGCGACCGAUAGUCACCGCAGGAGUUCCUCGUCUGGCCGAGCAAGAGGAUGAAUACAUGGGAUACCGCAUUCCGAAAGGCGCCGUUCUUAUUGCAAAUCACUGGUCGAUCGAUCAUGAUGCUGACGUGUUUGAAAAUGCCGAGUCAUUUCGUCCGCAGCGCUGGCUCGAUCAUACCAAUCUGCCACCCAGCAGCGGCUUUGGGGUUGGGCGGAGGGUUUGUGUAGGCAAGCACCUUACUACGAACUCCCUUAACAUCGUUAUUGCUAGGCUGCUGUGGGCAUACGACAUCAUGCCCGAGAAAAACGGUAAUGAGGCUGGGUUGAUGGAUCCGUUUAAGAUGAAGCAGAUUGGCCUGGUGGCAAGGCCAAUGCCUUUUCGCGCGUGCUUUCAAGUCCGGUCACCUAGCCGAGGGUUGGCGAUACGAGAUAUAGGAGCGAGGUCUCAGGAAGGAACUGAUGAGAUCUUGAAUCGUAUCCAGGCCAGCGUCGCUGGUACUAAAGCUGUUUAG